CCAAUUCUGUCUAAUGGAGCCCUAAGGAGCAACAAUAGAGCGGGCGAGCGGCUCAUUGAGAGUCUGGCAGCGCCGGGCAACUGGGGCGCGGCUGUGCGCAGCGUCCCGCGCGCUCCGCGAGGGGACGCCGCGCGGCAAGGGCCGGGUCGCGGGCUCCAGCCAGCCGGUCCCUAACCGGUCCCCUGGCUCGAAUUUCCGACGGAAGGGUUGGACUGCGCAGCGUUCAGAGGGGGUCCGGAAGUUCGGACAUGGUGACUGAAGGAGGGUGACGUGGUCUGAUAAGGGACCGGGGGCAGGGGGAAGAGGCCAAGAGCGCCAGCAACGCGAGUGGAGCUGGGAGGUGCGUGAAGCGCCAGCGGAGGAGGAGGAUCCCGAGCCCGAGGCAGCUGAACCACUGAUUCAAACGAAAUCUUAGACCCAGCGCAUAAAUCAGAUAUAAGAAGAGUUCUGGUGGGAAUAGGGUGGGGGAGCUCAGCUUUACGAGGGGGAUCCGAAGGUACCUCCUUCCAGCAAUUUGGCAACCACUAGCCAAACUUCCGCGACCAAAAUUUUCCCUCCCUAAGCCUGAUCUCCUGGAGGGUACGCUGUAGCUUAGCGCAUCGUGCGCUCUUCCCGGCAAGUCUCUUCCUUCUUCCCACGGUCUUCUACGCCAGGUCCUGCCAUGGAGCUACGCUCCGAGCUACCUAGCGUGCCCGGCGCAGCGACGGCGGCGGCGACAGCGACGGGGCCGCCCGUGGCAUCUGUGGCGUCGGUGGCGGCGGCGGCGGCGGCGGCCGCGUCGCUACCGGUGAGCGUGGCGGGCGGCUUGCUGAGAGCGCCGCCGCUGUUGUUGCGGGCUGCGGAGAAGUACCCGCGGACCCCCAAGUGCGCGCGCUGCCGCAACCACGGCGUGGUGUCAGCGCUCAAGGGCCACAAACGCUAUUGCCGCUGGAAGGACUGCCUGUGCGCCAAGUGCACGCUCAUCGCCGAGCGCCAGCGCGUCAUGGCGGCGCAGGUGGCGCUGCGCAGGCAACAGGCGCAGGAGGAGAACGAGGCGCGCGAGCUACAGCUGCUCUACGGCACUGCCGAGGGCCUGGCGCUCGCGGCCGCCAACGGCAUUAUCCCGCCGCGACCUGCCUACGAGGUCUUCGGCUCCGUGUGCGCCGCCGACGGCGGGGGGCCGGGAGCGGGAGCGCCCGCGGGGACCGGAGGCGGCGCAGCGGGCGCGGGGAGCUCAGAGGCCAAGUUACAGAAGUUUGACCUGUUCCCCAAGACACUGCUUCAGACCGGUCGCCCUGGCAGCCCGCAGCCGCCACCCGGGAAGCCCUUAUCACCCGACGGUGCGGACUCGGGUCCUGGGACAUCUUCUCCGGAGGUGCGGCCGGGCUCGGGCUCGGAGAACGGCGACGGCGAGUCCUUCUCGGGGUCGCCCCUGGCCCGGGCCUCCAAGGAGGCAGGUGGGAGCUGCCCGGGCAGUGCAGGCCCGGGAGGCGGCGGCGAGGAGGACAGCCCGGGUUCCGCUAGCCCACUGGGCUCCGAAUCCGGUUCCGAGGCCGACAAAGAAGAGGCAGAGGCCGCUCCCGCUCCAGGGUUGGGCGGGGGCCCGAGUCCACGGCAGCGGACGCCGCUGGAUAUCUUGACGCGCGUCUUCCCGGGCCACCGGCGAGGCGUCCUGGAGCUGGUGUUGCAGGGUUGCGGCGGCGACGUGGUGCAGGCCAUCGAGCAGGUGCUGAACCACCACCGCGGGGGCUUGGCGGCCGGCCUCGGUCCCGCCGUGCUCCCAGAUAAGGCCGCAGUGGGUACAGUAGCAGCUGCGGACGACGCGUGGCCGGGCCGCGUCGACGCGGGGGCAGCUGGGGGGCCCGGGCUGCCCGCGCCGCUGCAGGCAGGCCCGGCCGCUCCUCCGCACCACAGACCUUUGCUGGCCGGUGCCAUGGCGCCUGGGGCGCUGGGCUCGCUGAGCAGCCGCUCCGCAUUCUCACCACUGCAGCCCAACGCCAGUCACUUCGGCGCCGAAGGGGGCGCCUACCCGCUGGGCGCGCCGCUGGGCCUCAGCCCACUGCGCCUGGCCUAUUCGGCGGCAGCGGCGCACAGUCGUGGCCUGGCCUUCAUGGCUCCCUACUCGACCGCUGGCCUGGUCCCCACACUCGGCUUCCGCCCGCCCAUGGACUACGCCUUCAGCGACCUCAUGCGCGACCGCUCGGCCGCCGCGGCGGCGGUGCACAAGGAGCCCACCUACGGCGGCGGUCUGUACGGGCCUAUGGUCAAUGGCGCCCCCGAGAAGCAGUAGGGCCAGGGGCCCGGCAGCCGGGCCGCCCCCGAACGAGGACCCCAGCUUUGAUCCCGCGGGCCGCCGCUCCCUCUUCACCCGGUGCGCUCUCUGCGCCCCAGCUGGGGUCCUCUCGCUCAAAGGGGAUUUUCGGUUUUGUUUUGGAAGGUGGGUGGAGAGCUGAGCGAAGCGGGAGCAACCACAGAUGCAGGUGUUCUCAGAGCGGGUGCGUGUUCUUGACCCUCAUCUUCUGACCACCUCCUCAAGGCUCCUCCAGCCCUUCAAAAGGCCGGGAAUUCUUGAGAAUUCAGAGGCUGCGGCCGCUGCACACGCUCCUGCCUCUCCUCUUGCUGCGCUCAUCCCACCCUCCCGUUCUCCAGUGGAUGGCAGGAUAGUCCGAGAGUCUGUCUUCUGUGUCUCCCUCUCCUUAUUAAAAUUUUUUUAAAAAAAAAUAUUCGCUCUAACAAAUAUAAAUUUAGGAUGUAUAAUUCUCCUGGCACUGAGUCGAGUCUUUGGGACACACAUAUAUAUAUAUCUCGAUAUCAAUUGUAAAAAAGAAAAGGAAACAAGUUCUAAGGUGCACUUUCCUCGUUGCGGUAUUUGUCGCUCUCUUUGUUGCUUAUGCCAAUAAGCAUGGGUUUCCUUGGUGCAGUGUGAGUUUUUAUAUAUGUAUAAAUCUAUAUAUAAUCUAUACAUAUAUAUAUAUACAAGCCAGUGUAUAAUGUUAUAAAAUGGAAUUCUAAGUUAUUAAUUGUAAUCUGUAGGUGACCUCGGUAUUAACGUGAAAAAUAUUCAAAAACAAGCAAAAAAAGGACAAAAUGGAAAAAAGUAGACUAUGCGCGCAUUGUACUUAUCAGAUUUUAUAGAUUAAAUAUAUUGUAAACUCGGGACAAAUCCUGCCCACCCGCCCCUCUUGCCUGCGGCCGGUCUCUCCCUAAGAUGCGGUCAAGGUGCGCACUGAAGCAGGAACAGAGCGGCGAGUGACUGACCAGAACCGCCUGCCCGAGAGCCCAUCCCCGCCUCCCGGGACUCGCCAAACGCCCGGCCGGAAGGGACGGCAGCGGGAAACGCUGCUGCAGAGAAUGGCUCACUGGAAUGUGCUUUCCUUCGCAUAGACAUGAGCUAGAAAUAAAUGUUAUUUUCUAAGAAAACAGCACGGAACCCCGUCCCGCUCCUCCCGCGGCCGGAUUGAAAAGGUCUUGAUUUCCCGUUCCGGCCCGCGGUGCCAGGUAGACUUCAGUCCGGCUGGUGUCCGACCUUCGCGGGUCCGUGGAGCCGGAAGACUCUCCGUGACGCGGGGAAGGCCCCGUCGACGGGAGUGGCGCGCGGCUCAAAACCCCGCGGGGAGCGGUGCCCCCUGCGCAUCGGGUUACCCCACCACCUUCCCAUUCCGGUUUUGGGCGCGCGGGCGCGACGGGUGGCCUCGCCAGUGCUCAGGAUCCCUGGAUCUCGGGCAGAGCCUCUUAGGGAAUCCGGAUAGGCUGGCGGCCGGAUUCCGGUUCUUCUCGGGCCCCAGAUUUGGAUACAGCCGGGGUCGCACAAUGAGCGCUUCCCUUCUCAAAGAGGUUUGGAACCCAGGCGAUAGAGACGGCGGCUGGAGAAGGAAGGCUGCGACCGUUUUCCCACAAAGGCUCGUGGCCUGGGAGUUCUAUUGGGGUGGGGGGGGGGGGUGGGGGGGCGCUGCCCUCCCCAAGAGGUAGGGUGAACCGAAAGUGGCGGUGAGGACGCGCCUUCCAGUCAUACCUCGCUCAGCACCCUAGUCACCUUCCCUCCUCACUCGGGGCAGAGCGCAAUAGUGGCUCCCCCGCCGACCACCUCCUCCAACCUCCCCGGGCCUGCUCCGCUCUCUGCAGGGUGACUCCCCCUCUCCGGGAAACAGGGUGCUCCCUCCCUUAGUCUGGGCCCGGCGACAUCCCAAGGUAAACUUCUGGGGCCGGCUCGAGUUCCGCCAGGCGGUGAAACUUAAUAGCAGGACAAGAAAACGGUUUAAUAAAGAA